CAUCCUUCUCCAAACAAACACCCCUGCCCGUGCUCGAGCGAUCUGGUCAUCAAACAACCGCGGAGCGUGAUGCAGGCUGUUAGUGUCCUGUUUAGACCAUCGUUUACUUCUUUCGCCUUCGAUGUCGUGAGCACUGUCCCAAAGGGACUCGGUCCGAGGAACCCCUCAUUCAUGAACUUUACUAAUUAAAGGAAACCUGGAAUGUCUUCUGUUUCAGUUUCUUCUACAGCUCCUCCGGACAAAGAAAGUUCUGAUUUUGAUUGUGAUAACGCGACUUCCCCCAUCAAACCCCUCCUGGGUUUUGGUCACAGCCUUCAAAAGCUUCAACAACCUGGCGACUCCUCCAGAACAAGAAUGUUCCUACUGGUUUUUUGGGUCUUCAACACCUGCUGCUGUUAUGGCAUCCAGUGAGCCCUUUUUGCUCGGGCGACAACAAGGUCCAUAGGUUCUACCAGUUUGAGGAAGGAAUAUGAAGAAAAGGAAAGCGAGAAGAAGAGGGAGAGCAACGGGAGAAGAAAAUAAAAAGAGAUGGUCCUCAAGUGUAGAUGGUCUGAUGGGCGGUGAUGCACUUGCUUGAGAAUUGUUCUGUCAUUCCUUCCAACUUGCUCUGCUUAAUUCAUUUAAUAAAUCGUACCCGGCUCAAAGUUGUUUUGCAGAACACGGGUUGGGUUCCAAAGCUGUUUUGCUUGCACCGUACCUCAAAUUUGACUUUGAAAAACCAACUACCUGAACGCGGCAGCAUAAUAUCUCCCAUUUCCUUAAUCCAGCCACCCCAGCUCCUCCAAAUUUGACUCCCAUUAUUUUAUUUGUUGCUUUGAAUCACAAGAUGCUCAGAUUCGCAACCGUUUCUAGAAACCGUCAGCCCUCCGCUUCAAUCUCUCAUUCUGUCCCCCAUCUCUUCCAUUCUCAAUCUUCUCUAUGCUCAAGCUUUCACUGCAGGCCAUGCUCUCACUCUGCAGCCUCUGUUCUUUUCUUCUUUCCUUUUGCUUUGUUUUUCUAUCGCAAUUCUCAAACUCUGUUGAUGCUCAAGCUCAAGAUUAUGAUUAUCCAACCGCCGCACUUUCAACACAGUGGACGAACAACGCAACAGCUAAUCACUCCAUUCCAUAUACGGAUGGAUCCACUGUGCGGUCAAUUCUACUCCGAGCCAAAGGAGCCAUCGGCCCUGCCUACGCCUGCGGCUUCUACUGUAAUGGUAACUGCAACACUUACCUCUUUGCCGUUUUCAUCGUCCAAGUCAACAGUGGUGGUUUAAUUGUUCAACCCGCUAUUGGAUUUCCUCAAGUAGUGUGGUCUGCCAAUCGAAACAAUCCCGUAAAGAUUGGUGCGAUGUUAGAGCUCACAUCCGAAGGUGAUUUGGUUUUGAAAGAUGCCGAUGGUACUGUUGCUUGGUCCACAAACACUUCUGGUAAGUCCAUUGUAGGCUUGAAUUUGACAGAUUUGGGGAACCUCGUGUUGUUUGAUAAGAAUAACUUGACUGUUUGGCAGUCUUUUAGUCAGCCAACCGACUCACUUGUUCCCGGACAAAUGUUGAAGGUAGGGCAAAGAUUGAUCCCAAGUGUUUCCGGGACAAAUUGGACUGUAGAUGGUAUGAUUACGCUUUCCAUGAGUAGCAGUGGUUUAUCUGCUCAAAUGGAGACUAGUCCUCCUCAGAUCUAUUAUGAGUAUUCUAUUGAUAAUCUGAAUGCAAGUAAUGAGUCUCCAUAUGUUGAAUUUGUAAAUGGAAGCUUGGCUUUGUUCUCGAAUUCUACCACGAAUUUGAGUGUGAUUUCAGUCCCUCAAGCAUCUUCUGUACAAUACAUGAAGCUGGGCUCGGAUGGGCAUUUGAGAGUGUUUGAGUGGCUAUCUGGGUGGAAAGAAGUGGCUGAUCUUUUGACGGGGUAUCUUGGGGACUGUGAUUAUCCAACAGUGUGCGGGCAAUAUGGAAUUUGCUCCAAUGGGCAAUGUAGUUGUCCGGCUUCAAGUGGGGGAACGAGCUAUUACAAGCAAGUAGAUGAUAGGCAGCCUAGUCUUGGGUGUUCUGAGAAUGUCCCAUUGUCUUGUGGGGCUUCGCAAUAUCAAAGUCUUCUGGAGCUUGAAAAUGUCAUGUACUUCACUUUCACUUCAGAUCUCAAGAACAUAGAUGCUUCAACUUGUAAAGAGACCUGCGCGAAGAACUGCUCGUGCAAAGCGGCUAUAUUCCAAUAUGGGUCGAAUGCCACCAGUGGCAGUUGUUACUUACCAUCUGAGGUGUUUUCACUCAUGAACAUUGACAAGAGUAAGAUUUUCUAUAACUCCACUGCUUACCUAAAAGUACAAAAUGUGACCAAUGGAGCCCCCAAUACUUCUGUUGACAAUCAAAGGAGCAACCGUCUUCCAGUAAUACUUGGGUCCAGCGUCGGAGCUCUCUUUGUGGUGAUGUUUCUCAUCGUAGUCAUAGUUUUGUUUGUUCGGAAGAGAGAUGCUAAUGAAGCAGAGGAGGACUACCUUGAUCAAGUACCUGGAAUGCCCACAAGAUUCAUGUACGAUGAUUUGAAAACCAUUACAAACGACUUCAAUAAAAAGCUUGGCAAAGGUGGUUUCGGUUCUGUUUUUGAGGGUACUCUAAUUGAUAGCACAAAAGUUGCUGUAAAGUGCCUUGAUGGUUUUGGGCAGGUCAAGAAAUCCUUUCUAGCUGAAGUUGAGACUAUUGGUAGCAUCCAUCAUGUUAACUUGGUAAGACUUGUGGGAUUUUGUGCUGAUAAAUCCCAUAGGCUCCUUAUCUAUGAGUACAUGUCAAAUGGGUCUUUAGAUAGAUGGAUCUUUCACAAAUCCAAUGAAAGUGUUCUUGACUGGCAACAAAGGAAAAAGAUCAUUCUCGAUAUAGCAAAAGGACUGACUUAUCUUCAUGAAGAUUGCAGACAGAAGAUACUUCACUUAGACAUUAAACCCCAAAAUAUCCUCUUGGAUGGGAAUUUUAAUGCUAAGGUUGGUGAUUUUGGAUUGUCCAAAUUGAUCGAUAGGGACCAAAGCCAAGUCGUCACAACCAUGAGAGGAACUCCUGGUUAUUUGGCCCCCGAGUGGCUGAGUGCAGCAAUUACUGAAAAGGUGGAUGUGUAUAGCUUUGGCGUGGUAAUUCUGGAGAUAGUCUGUGGGAGAAAAAUCUUCGAUCACUCGUUAGAUGAAGAUGGCAUGAAUUUGCUAAGCCUUUUUAAGAGAAAGGCUGAAGAGGAACGAUUGCUGGACAUUGUAGAUAACUAUAGUGAGGAUAUGCAGCUAAAUGGGCUGCAGGUGGUGAACAUGAUGAGGAUUGCUGCGUGGUGCUUGCAGGCAGAUUAUACAAAGAGGCCUUCCAUGUCAAUAGUUGUCAAGGUGUUAGAGGGUGUUUCGGAAGUUCAAGACGGUCUGGAUUACAACUUCUCUGCUCAGCCUUCCACUAAUAAAGCAACAGAAUUUGGUCAAAUGGAAGUCGAAUUCAGUGCUACCACUGCAUUAAUACCCUCAGUUUUAUCUGGUCCACGAUGAUGCGGCAUACUAAAAAGAAUUACUGUUCUCUACAAAUCAAGUGGUAAACCUCUGCAGGCAAUUGAAAUUUCUAGAGUG